ACAAGAUUGACAAACAAAGUCAAGUCUGAAAAGGCCAAGCAAGUGAACAAGCCUUUGUUGUUUUCUAUUUUAUACAAUUUAUUUUAAUCAUUUAUUCAUAGCUAAAAUGAGUGUUGUGCCGUCGAAUUUAUCAUUUAAUUCAUCAGUAACGACAUCCCAAUACGACAGCCAGGAUGACGCAGAACCGACCAAAGUUAAAAACUAUCUGAAAGAAAGAUUGAAGUCACGAAUUUUUUUGGGACGUUACGUAGAAAGGAGACUUGCAGAUAAACGUAUCGGAUACCGAGACAUAGUCGUAGUAAGUCCAGCAGAGGUUAAACUAAAGAAAGACUUAUUAGACGUACAACAUAAACUGAUAACAGUUUGUCCGAGUACACAUUGGAUAGGAAUCACAGAUACGGAAGCCUUAGGUUAUACAUCUGGGGUUUGCCUGUGGACAGAAAUAGACAACCAGCCCUUCGGCCCCUUUUGGUUUCAAAUUAAGAGUUUAAAAUUCAGGGAUGAUGAAGUUAUGGUACAGUUGAAAUGUUUGAGACAUAUUUCAGAUGCGUUUUUGGAGAUAGAACCGAUUUUGACUGGAGCCGUGAAGACAACAAAAUCUACUGAAACCACAGAAAAGAAAUUAGAAAGUAGUGUUGCAUCUCUUAAUGAGACCUAUACUGAUUUUGUUGAAACUAUGAAAAGUUUCUUGUCUAUAAGCAAUGUGAAGGAAUUUAUAACAUUUUUGCUUGCUUUUGUUAUUGCAAUCUUUACAGGAAGUUCAUCUUUUAUUAAUUUUCUUGGAAACUUUAUAUUAGCACUUGUAAGGGAACUGUCACUUUUAGUGAAAAACUCAACUCCAAUGUUUCUGGGAUUGCUAGAUUUCUUUAGUAAAAUUGUUGGAGGGUUUUACAUAUUGUUGGCUAUGUUCUUUAGACAAAGUGCUCCUCCUCCACCAAACAAAAGAACAAUAGGAGCUUAUGACAGAUCUCGCAGAAGUUACAAUCACUAUGACGAUGGCCAGUUUGAUUGAUAUUUGCGAUCUGACAAAAACUAGUUUUAUUGCUAUUAUUUAUGUAAAGUUUUGUUUAGUCUUGUAGAGUGGUGUUUAUUUCGAUCUCAUUUAUUGUAUAUUCUAAAUCUUGCUUAUAAAUACUUAUUUUUAAAAAUUAACUUACACAGCCAUCUUUAUGAUAUCAGCUAACUAAAAGUCAUUCCAGAUGCAUUUUUAUUUACUGUUAUGAAUAUAAUCACUAUUUAAUGCUUGAAAUAAAUUGUAUAUUACAGAAAACUCAAGUAAAUAUGUUAAAAGUUUAAUUCCAAAAAACUGUGUAUACAUUUUUACACCAUUUCUGAAUUUAACAUUAGAUGUUAUAGAUUUAUUUUUGGUUGAUGUGGUUCAUAAUAUUAUUAUUGUUACUGGAAAUAAACGGUUUUUGAACAAUA